GAGCAGGCCACAGAGGUGCUGACCCGAUCCAGCCUGGAAGUGGAGUUGGCUGCCAAAGAGCGGGAGAUCGCCCAGCUGGUGGACGAUGUGCAGCGGCUCCAGGCCAGCCUCACCAAGCUUCGGGAGAACUCCGCCAGCCAGAUCUCGCAGCUGGAGCAGCAGCUGAGCGCCAAGAACAGCACACUCAAACAACUGGAAGAAAAGCUCAAAGGCCAGGCUGACUAUGAAGAGGUGAAGAAAGAGCUGAACACCCUGAAGUCCAUGGAAUUUGCGCCGUCGGAGGGAGCAGGGACACAGGACUCAGCCAAGCCCCUGGAGGUCUUACUCCUCGAGAAGAACCGCUCGCUGCAGUCCGAGAACGCCACGCUGCGCAUCUCCAACAGUGACCUGAGCGGGUCAGCCAGGAGAAAAGGGAGAGACCAGCCUGAGAGUCGGCGCCCGGGACCCUUGCCGGCCUCCCCUCCUCCUCAGCUGCCCGGCAACACAGGGGCACAGGUUUCCAAUACUAACGGUACACACCACUUCUCACCAGCGGGGUUAAGUCAAGACUUUUUCAGCUCAAACCUGGCCAGCCCCAGCCUACCGCUGGCUUCUACAGGAAAGUUUGCACUAAACUCUCUUCUCCAGCGACAGCUAAUGCAGUCCUUCUACUCCAAGGCCAUUCAGGAAGCCGGAAGCACAAGCACGAUUUUUUCAACAGGUCCCUACAGCACAAACUCCAUAUCUUCCCCAAGUCCUUUACAACAAAGCCCAGAUGUAAAUGGGAUGGCCCCAUCUCCCAGCCAGUCAGAAAGUGCUGGGAGCGCCUCAGAGGGUGAGGAAAUUGACACAGCAGAAAUCGCCCGGCAGGUCAAAGAGCAGCUGAUCAAGCACAACAUUGGACAGCGUAUUUUCGGACAUUACGUCUUGGGACUGUCUCAGGGGUCUGUGAGUGAGAUUCUGGCCCGGCCGAAGCCCUGGAACAAGCUGACUGUCCGUGGCAAGGAGCCAUUCCACAAAAUGAAGCAGUUCUUGUCUGAUGAGCAGAACAUCCUGGCACUUCGCAGUAUCCAAGGCAGACAGAGAG